AUGUUCCAAAGACUCAAGGGUGCCAUCGACCGCACCCUUGCGGAAGAACAAGCCCGCCAACAAAAGGCGCCUGAAGUCAACGGAUCUGGCUCGACGUCGUCGCGAAGAAAUGAAAACGUCUCAGGAAGGCGGCCUCGGCCCAAGAACCCGACUUCUGAUGCUGGAGAUGCUGCGCCUAACCCUGACCCUGCCAUAUUCGAGGCGGCAUUCGUAAUCGACGACAGCGACGAGCCGAGCCGAGCGGGAACACCAAAGCCUGCGCCUGCUGAGAAGGAGGCACCUAAUGGAGAGCCAGCCAGCCACGCUGAGGCUGGAGAAAAUUCAAAUCCCACUGCUGACGCUCAAGAUGGCUCCUCACGCGAUGGGCACGCUGCCAGCGAUGGAGUUGCUCACGCGGCCAAGCCGGUGCUGACCCAAGAGGUCAGGCAAAAGCUUCGCAAGUUGGAGAAACUUGAGUCUACCUAUCCCGAACUUCUGCGCUCUUACCGAGUUGCACAUCGGCGCGCCACCUCCAUCGAACCCUUUGAAAAGGCUCUUCGCGAGAAUACGCCGUUGGCUUCGAUUGGCGAUCCAGAGGCUCUCAUUGAGUAUCUCAACCAGCUGAAACUAAAGGGAGAUAUGGUCAUGGAGGAACUUAAGCGGAUAUGCGCCGAAAAGGACGAGUUCAAGAAGAAGAGCGAAGAGAACGAGAAGAAGAUAAAGAAGCUGCAAGGCGAUCUAGAUGCCCUCAAGGCUGAAAAAGCAAAGGAAAACAAGAAGCCAGAAUCCAGUGGCGCGGCAAAGAAAGAAUCUGGCGGAGAUGGCGGAGAUCUCUUCUCCUACGAUGAAGAGAUCCCCCAGCUCCAGACCGAGAUUGCUGCGAAGAAUGAAGAAAUCGAUUCUCUCAAAACUGAGAGAGACGGUCUCAAGGAGGAGCUCUCUACUCUCAAGCAAGACAGUGCAAGUUUGGCAGAGAAAUUAGAGAAAUCAACCCUAGAACUCAGCAAAUCCCGCGAAUCCUCUGCAUCCGAGGAAUCUCUACAAGCCCAGUUGGAAUCCAAAGAUGCGGAUAUCAUCGACCUGACACUCAAACUCGACACGAUGGUGAAUCGGAGCAAGGGGCUCGAAGAGGAACUCUUGGCAGAAAAGGAGAAAGCACUUUCCAAAGCUCAGGAGGUGGAAAAUGUGCUUACCAAGUCUGUCAAGCAGGCUAGCGAGUUGGCAGGAGAGCUUGCCAAAGCUACAGCUGCUACAAACGUCUCCAAGAAGCUGAUUGAUGAGCUCGGCUCCCAAGUCGAUGUAUUGAAGAAGGAAAAGUCUGGAAUUCAGAGCAAGCUUGACGAGGCGACCAAGAAGCUUGACGAGGCGGCCAAGACGCCUGCUGCCCCCACUCCCGCUGAACCUGCAUCAACUCUUGCACCACCUACGGCAGGAGGCGGAGGAAACAAGAAGAAGAAGAAGAAGGGUCGUGGCGGUGGUGCUGGUACUCCCGCUCCCCUGGCUUCGCCCUCUUCUUCUGUCGCCCCCAGUGCUGCUGAUGCCAACCAAGGACCAGAUACUUCAGCCCUGGAAGCAGAGAUUGCCAAUCUGAAGGAGGAGCUGGAAGCCAAGGACAAGGAAAUCGAACGGCUGUCCAAGAAGAGAAAGGUUGAAGAAGAUCUCCGCGAAGAGAUUGAGACGCUACAAGAAAACCUUAUCAACAUCGGCCAGGAUCACGUCGAGGAUAAGCAACGAAUCAAAGAGCUCGAAGUGGAAAAGGCAAAGUUGAAGACAGAUUGGGGAGCACAAAUUACCGCUUUAGAGAAAAGGAUAAGCUCGCUCACUUCCGCCACCGAAGCCAGCUCAAAGGAUAAAGAGAAGUUGCAGGCUCUCCAGAAAGAGCGUGAUUCACUGAAGGAGAAGAAUGCAGCACUACAAGCUGAGCAUGCAACACUACAGGCUGACCAUGGCGCCGCGAACCAACUGUCGCAGAGUCGCUUCAAGGACUUGACUGAGCUGCGUGAGGCACUGCAGAAGAUACAGCCUGAGCUCAAGAGCUUGCGCAAAGACUCUGCCGAUCUCAAGAUAGCCAGAGAGGAGCUUGCAGCCAAGAAGAAAGAGAUUAGCAACUUGGAGAAGAAAGGAAAGGACCUCGAGCGGGAUUUGGCGACUGCUCGACAGGAGAUAAGCAUUCGCACUUCGGAGAUUGGGGUCCUUAAAUCAAGAUUGUCCACUGACGCAGAAGAAAGGGCCAAACUGGAGGAAGCCCACCAAGUAUCAGCACGAGACCUCAGACGUGCCGUUGCCGAGCAGAUCGACCUAAGCGCGAAAUCAGAGAAGUUGGAGCGAGGACUGCAAAAGGCUCAGGAGGACCUCUCUAAAGCGAGGGCGAGAGUGACUGAGCUUGAGGGGCAGGCGCAGGAGCUGACACGCCAGAAGACAGCAGCCCAGGAAGAUGCCGACUUCAAAUCCAAGCGGUACACUACGGCCCAGGGCCUGCUGAGCAACAUGCGAGAUCAGGUGUCUGAGAUGACGGUGCAGCUUAAGGAGGCACAGUCUCAGGCUAGAUCUCUGGAAGAGGAGCUUGGCGAAGUGCAGCAUCUGUUGCAGGAACGCACGCGAGAGGGCGAAACAAUGCGGCGGUUGCUUGCAGACGCCGAGCAGCAGGCAGAAUCCAAGCUCCGAGAUAUGCGCAAUCGCAUGGAGACGAUUACGGCAGAGCGAGAGCGGCUCGAAGAAGAGACCAGCUCCGUGGUCAGAAAAAAUGUCAAGCAAACGGCGGAGCUUAAGUCGCGAGUCCGAGAGCUGGAGGGAGAGGUCAAGGAUUUACGUACUGAAAAGGACGAGCUCGAAGAGCGAGAGCGAAGUUGGCGACGUCGACGGGAGGAGCUCGAAGCAGUAGAGCUCAGGACGGAGUCGGAGUCGACUGAGCUGCGGAACACCGUCUCAUCGCUGAGAGCUGCGCUGGAUGCGUCAGAGUUGCAGGUUCGAGACGGAGAGAAGAUUAAGGCAAACCUCCGCAAAGAAUACGACUCGCUGCAGCUGCUGCACGACAAGAUAUCUAAGGAACUCAAGGCGGCGCAGGCCAAAGCUGCAGCGACGGCGUCAGGCGUGGGCCAGUCGGGAUCUUCGUCGGGCGUUUCCACAUCUAGAACAUCGAUGGACUCGACACGCACCACUGGAGCGGCUGAGCUGUCCGAUAUGAUGUAUCUCAAGACGAUUCUGCUGCAGUUCCUGGAGCAAAAGGAUAACAGGCUGAGAGGCCAGCUUGUUCCCGUGCUGGGCAAGAUUCUCAAGUUUGAUAAGUAA